AUGACUUCUACUAGCGGUGGGAAGAUCUCAAUGUUUGGUGCUAAGUCUGGUUUUGUUAUCCCUAAAAACAAAUUAUCUGGUUCAUUGAUCCCCAUUUUUCAACGUCUCGGAGGUACCCAUACGAAUACGGAGGUGCUCGGGAAGAAGAGGAAGACUAAAUGGGGCCCUGAUUUCGCACAAGAUGCUGCAGUCAAGAAGGCUAAAGCUUUAGCUUACCAGAAACGCCUUGAUCAAAUUACACAGCAAUUGGAAUCAGGAACUCUUGAAGCCGAGACUAAUAGAAGGUCACAGAACAACAAUGAUAUCGCUCAACAUUUGGAGCUUGAAAAACGCGAAGUAAUUGGGGAGAUUCUUGAGUUGAAUCCAAGGUACAAGGCUCCACCUAAUUAUAAGCCAUUGCUGAAAGAAGCUAGGUUGCCGAUCCAUGUCAAAGAACACUCUGAUUUCAGCUUUCUAAGUCACAUAUUUGGUUCCCAAGGUGAUACUCAGAAGCGGCUUGAAAUAGAGACUGGAGCCAGAGUACAAAUUUUUGGUGCUAAAACAGGAGGAGAGAAGGUUGAACUUUCUCCUUCAGAUGAAAAUGAGAUCCAGGCUUCCUGGCAAGAGUUAUAUUUUCAGAUAUCAUCUGAUACUUACGAAAAAGUGGAUGCAGCUAUUGCUGGAAAUACAGGAGCUGGUCCUGCUCCUCCAUCUUCUAGAUCGGAAGACAUUUCAACCAUUCCAGGCAACAGAAAUGCGACACCUACAGAACCAUGCUCUGAACAGCCCACUAAUAGCUCUGUACAACCUCCACAAAGCCAGUUCCAUCAACAUAGUUCCUCUUUUCCUUUGGCUUCAAAUCAAGCAUUUGAUCCAUCUCUUAAUCCCUCUGCUCCAACUCUUGGUAAUCAUGUCCAUGAUCAAGAAAUUCCUACCAAUUCUAUGAACCCCAACCCCCUUUUUGCUCAGCAACCACUUCCAAUUUCUCAUAACGCAUCAUUACCUCCUGGUUCUCAAGUCCCUCGUCCUCCAGAUUUGUUCUCUCUAAGCCUUUCCAGCUCAUCAAGGGCCUAUUCUGUGGUUGCCCCACAGGGAUCGGUAUCUAAACUGGGCUUUUCGACCGCACCUCCAGGUUCUACUAUGAGGCGGCCGACCCUAUCGACUUUCCAACCUUUACAGACCAGUGUAUUUAGACCAAUGCUGUUGCCAGACAUAGUUUCAAGCAACAUGGGACAAUCAGUACGGCCUCUGGCUCCUAACUUCAGCCCACAUUCAGUAGCUCAUCAACCAGGUACUGAACUACCAUCAAUUCCCUUUCCCUCGAGUAUCAAUCUGAAACACCAAGCAGAAUAUGCUUCUGGUGGUUCUCUGCGUCACAUGUCAAUGUCAACACAGGUAGCUGGCAGGCCUACUGGUCCUCUUCCUACUUAUCCUACCAGAAAUCCUCCCACUAAUAUAGCUCAAGGGGAUUUUGGUUUCCUUCCACAACAAUUAAACUUUUCGCAGAUAUCUCCUAGACCCAACUCUCAAUCAGGUCAUCUCCCUCAUCUGGCAUUUCAAACUCCAUCCGUCACUCCAGCGUCUCAACAUUUUGAGCAAACUUUUGCAAGAUCACAGCACUUUGGCAGGCACAUGGAUCAACCCCUGAGCUACCCACCUGCACUAUUUCAUGGUAACGUGAGAUCUUCCAACUUGCAGAACUUUAGACCCAACUCGCAGAACUUUGGACCUACACUGCCCCAAAUGAUGCCUAGGAACUUCCCUGGAGCUCAAGCCCGUCAAAGACCAGUGUUUCAUCAAGAUAACCUGAUCCCUAGAGGCCAACCACAGAUUGACCAUCGGUUCAAAGCUGGUGUGCAUCAAGUAUAUGACCCUUUUUCACCUAGCGACGCUUGA